AGUAGAAAGAAUUCCCAAGCAGAAAAACAUUGAAACUCAAAACUAAAUAAAAUCCCGCUAUAUCUGACCUCAUAUGAUAAACCAAGGUUGGUCGGUUGAUUAAACUUUGCGACUGAUUUAGUGUUAAUUUUAAGUUUGGUGACAAACAUGUCUUACAAAGUUAUUUUCGCGGUGUUUACAAUUGUUCUAAUAACACUACCUAUCAAGGCUAGUUUGGCCUGUGAAGGCAUCAAAAAUGUUUUAAUAGAAGUGAAAGAUAUUGAGAAUAAAAGAAGUAACAUGACAUUUAGUGGUUGCCUGGAGAGAAGAAAUUUUGGCGGAAAAACGAUUACUGAAAUUCAUAUAAGAAACCAAAAUCUUCCAAAUAUAGGAAGGGAGUAUAUCAGACAUUUAGUUAAACUGGAUGUUUUAGAACUGAAUAACUGCAAAAUUAAAAAUAUUGCUCGAGGAGCAUUAAGAAAUUUAUUAAGAAUCAGAGUUGUCGAGGUUACCCAUAAUUUGAUAACUGAGGUCACUGGAGGGAUCUACGACAUAUUCGACACAAUCAAAAUCUUACGUUUAAAUAAUAACAAAAUUAGCUCAAUAACAGAUGAAGCCUUAUCCAAUAUGACAAUGACAGAAGUAAAUUUUAGUCAUAACGAGUUUAGAGAAUGGAAGAAAGUCUGGUUUGCUUAUUCACCGGAUAUAGAAAUUUUAGAUUUUUCACAUAAUAAAAUUGAAUCCAUUCCUAAAAGAGCAUUUGAUGGGAUGCCCGUAUUAAAGGAAGUUGAUUUUUCAUAUAACAGGAUUGCAUCUAUAGGAAAAGAAGCAUUUAGAGCUCAAAAAUCAUUAAAAGUUUUAAAUUUAAAGAGUAACAUAUUAUCAAGUCUUGAUACGAACAUUUUUCCCAGCAAAAUAACAAUAAACACUCUUAACGUAGCAUCAAAUAACUUCUGGAAACUGGAUCUUCAACAACACAAAGAACUUACCUUAAGCCAGAUAGGUAUAGAUCAUAACCCAUGGUCAUGUCCCUGUAUGAACAAUUUACAUGCAUGGUUAAACGCAAACAAAGUUACUCUCUUAAAGUCUAACAAUUGUGGAUUGACAUUUUUACCAGUUUGCAUAACAGCAGAUUCUUGUGACACACCACCAGAAGGCAAAGGAUCAAAAAAUUAUCUAAACGUGAUUAACAGAUUAGAUGAUCUACAAAAGAAAUGUAUUGGUUUAGCAAUAGCAACAAAGCAAUAAAUUAUCACAUAAUAGUAUUACAUUUAAAGAAUUCAAUAAAGUCUGAGUUUAGUA